AAAUCGGCAAUUUUUUAGCAAGUAUGACACAAAUGAAUGAUUUGGCAAAAUAUAAUCGGCUCGAUCUAAGUUUCAGUGACAACCUUUGAGUGAAAAUACCGCAAGUCACAACCACCACUCCCCCAUAAAUUUCAAAAACGUAAUCGCAUCUCAGAUCUACUUCCGAUUCUCCGAACCAAAUUUUGCUGAGGUAAUGCCAAUGAAUAAGUGUUGGGAUUGUUCUUCAAUAGAACGGUGGAAAACUUGUUAUCUCUAGCACGUCUCUUUCUUCCGUUGAAUGCAGGAGAGUUGGUGAGAAGUAUACAAGGAUAAAAAUGGCCGUAAGGAAACCUGGUUUAAUUGCUCUGUUCGAUGUUGAUGGAACUCUUACUGCACCUCGCAAGGUAUCUACUCCAGAAAUGUUGAAAUUCAUGCAGGAACUUAGAAAGGUUGUUACUGUUGGAGUUGUCGGAGGGUCUGACCUUGUAAAGAUAUCAGAACAGCUUGGAAGUACAGUUACGAAUGACUAUGAUUAUUGUUUCUCUGAAAAUGGCCUUGUAGCACAUAAGGAUGGCAAGCUUAUUGGGAAACAGAGCUUGAAGUCAUAUCUUGGAGAAGAGAAGCUCAAGGAAUUUAUUAACUUUACCCUCCAUUACAUCGCUGACUUGGAUAUUCCAAUAAAGAGAGGAACAUUCGUUGAGUUCAGAAGUGGCAUGCUAAAUGUGUCACCUAUCGGGAGGAACUGUAGUCAGGAAGAAAGGGAUGAAUUUGAAAAGUAUGACAAGGUACAAAAGAUACGUGAAACAAUGGUAUCAGUGCUCAGAGAAAAGUUUGCACACUUUAAUCUCACCUUCUCCAUUGGAGGCCAAAUUAGUUUCGAUGUUUUCCCCCAAGGCUGGGACAAAACUUAUUGUUUGAGAUACCUUGAAGAGUUUAAUGAAAUUCACUUUUUUGGGGACAAAACAUACAAGGGAGGAAAUGACCAUGAGAUCUACGAGUCUGAGAGAACGGUUGGUCACACAGUUACUAGCCCGGAGGACACAUUGAGUCAGUGUUCUGUUCUAUUCCUCGGCAAGGAUAAUGGAAGUUCUUGAGCUUGUUGCAGUUUCUCAAUACGUGAUUUUAUGCUGGUAACCUAUGCAUACGGCAGAAAUGAAUAAUUGCAGUACUUCUUGUAUUGAAUUUACUCAUCAAAAUUAUGAUAUGAAUGUAGAACUUUCUUGUGUA